GAUUCACGAAAGACCUCCCAAACAAACGUUGCGCCGUGUUCAAUGAGCGCCCAAGUCACGCAUUCGCCUCGCUCAUUUUCAUUCUGUGUUAAUCCAAGAUUGAUUUUGCCCGCUGGCGCACAUCAAACUGCUCAGUGACCGCGCUCUCGGCCGCCCAAGCAAGUCCCACGUUUUAUAAGACUGAAACUGAGUGGCCGACGCCAUCGUUAGUUAAAGGAACUGCUGAAAGCACCAAAAUGAUGGGUUGCCGCGGUCUUGUCCUUGCAUGCUUCGCGCUCUCGAUGCUGCAGUCCUCCUCGAGCAUGACAACUAAGAAGGCAAUGAUGAAGGACAGUGAGAGCAUGAAGCCCGGGAAGCAGCAAGGCUCGCCGGGUGACAAAAUGCAGGGCGCGGCGAUGUCGGCGAGCACACCCGGUCAGGACGACGAGGAAGAUUCCAUGGAGAGCGAGAGCAUGGAAGCGGAUCAGAUGGGCCAAGGUACGAAGAACUGCACGAUGCCAGGUAUGGACAUGAGCGGGAAGAAGGACAUGACGGCGGCCAGCGGCGACAUGAAAGGCGGCGCGACGACCGCUCCUGCGAAAGCCGUGAUGAAGGGCGCCAAGAUGGGCGCGGACAUGAUGAAGGCGGGGGCAAACUGCACCGUCCAACGAAUGGGCGACAUGAUGAAAGGCGGUGGGAGUGGUAUGACGAAGAUGAUGAGCGAAAAGGGCAGCAUGCAGUCGACAACGGCGACGCCGAGGGGACGUCGGAACUAACGACACUUGUCUGCGGGAUGUCGCCUCGUCCAUCUCCGACUCAAAUAAGUUGUUUAAAUAAAUCCAGCCACUGUG